AUGGCUGGCAUCAAUCAGACCCUUGGUGGCAUUGCUGCGGGCAUCACAAAUGGCAGCGACUUCUCACGCUAUUCACGUGGAAGAACGCCCUACAUGGUCGGCACUAUCACUAGCUGUGUGAUCACCAGCGUCAUCGUCUCCCUGGUUGGUCUUGUUACAACUGCGUCGGGACAAAAGUUGUACGGAGAGAUCUAUUGGAACCCACCGGAUCUACUCAUGCGCAUGAUGGACAACGGUAACGGCUCAUCGAAGGCACGUGCGGGGGUAUUCUUCUUGGCUGCAGGUUUCGCAUUUACCGCAAUGUUCGAGAACAUUUGUGGAAACGCUGUCUCCGGUGGAAUCGACCUUGCUGGCCUUUUCCCACGUUACAUCAACAUACGACGUGGUGCCAUCAUUACGUUUGUGGCGGCAUGGGUCGUUCAACCCUGGCAACUUAUCAACCGUGCCACUACAUUUAUCGCCGUACUGUCUUCCUUCUCGGUGUUUUUGGCACCAAUCAUCGGCAUAAUGGCAUGCGACUACUUCCUCUUGCGGAAGAGAAGGAUCCGCUUGAGUCAUCUAUAUCGAACUGAAAACUCGUCGUAUUGGUUCACCAAAGGUUUCAACUGGCGGGCGAUACCCUCAUGGUUAUGUGGAUGGAUCCCGACGAUUGGGGGUCUUAUAGUGACAGUAAGAGGAGAUGUCGAUCCACCACGGGCUUUGGUACAGCUCUACAAUAUGGCCUUCUUCAUAGGAUUUUUCAUCAGCGCUUUCGUCUUCUACGUCCUUAACAAGAUCUCCCCAGUUCCUGAUAUGGACCAGAUCGAUCCUAUCGAUUUAUAUGGUACCUUCACAGAAGCGGAGGCAAAGCGAGCUGGUGUAGCUCCGCUAGACGACAGCCCUAUUCUGAGAGGGGUAUCUGGGCGAAGAUCGACCGAGCAUGUUGUCAUUCAUGCAGAGAAGGAUGUGUGA